CUGGGGUAUGGCCGUCAAUGUGUACUCCACAUCCGUGACCAGUGAGAAUCUGAGUCGCCAUGAUAUGCUUGCGUGGGUCAAUGACUCCCUGCACCUCAACUAUACCAAGAUAGAACAGCUCUGUUCAGGGGCAGCCUACUGCCAGUUCAUGGACAUGCUCUUCCCUGGCUGCGUGCACCUGAGGAAGGUGAAGUUCCAGGCCAAGCUGGAGCACGAGUACAUCCAGAACUUCAAGGUGCUGCAAGCCGCUUUUAAGAAGAUGGGUGUUGACAAAAUAAUUCCUGUAGAGAAAUUAGUGAAAGGAAAAUUCCAAGAUAAUUUUGAGUUUAUUCAGUGGUUUAAGAAAUUCUUUGACGCAAACUAUGAUGGAAAGGAAUACAACCCUCUGCUGGCGCGGCAGGGCCAGGACGUAGCGCCACCUCCUAACCCAGGUGAUCAGAUCUUCAACAAAUCCAAGAAACUCAUUGGCACAGCAGUUCCACAGAGGACGUCCCCCACAGGCCCCAAAAACAUGCAGACCUCCGGCCGGCUGAGCAACGUGGCCCCACCCUGCAUCCUCCGGAAGAAUCCCCCAUCGGCCCGAAACGGCGGCCAUGAGACUGAUGCCCAAAUUCUUGAACUUAACCAGCAGCUGUUGGAUCUGAAGCUGACCGUGGAUGGGCUGGAGAAGGAGCGUGACUUCUACUUCAGCAAACUCCGAGACAUCGAGCUCAUCUGCCAGGAACACGAGAGCGAGAACAGCCCCGUCAUCGCGGGCAUCAUUGGCAUUCUCUAUGCCACCGAGGAAGGCUUUGCACCCCCUGAGGACGACGAGAUUGAGGAACACCAACAAGAAGAACAGGACGAGUACUGAGGGCGGCUCCAGCCCUGGCUGACUGCACGCCCCCGACCCCACGACCACCCCCACAUUAUAAUCCUUUCCUUAGAGCGUCGGCCGGGUGCUUUGUGUCAGUGCCGCAGCAUUGGGGAGUCAGGCGAGGGGGCUGGAGGGGAUGGGGCAGAUGGGCAGGCAGAGGCCCGCACUGGCCAGUGGGUGGGACCCCUGCCCAUUCAUUCCCCACCCCUAUUUAUUUCCGUUGUCUCUAUGCUGUUUCGGCCAACACUUCCCAGGGUGCUGUGCCACCCGCCCCCGCCAGCCGCCUGCUCCCCUGACAGCCAGCAGCUGUAUAUUUGACAAAGUCAUUGGUAUAUUUUUACUUACUGGAUUUUCCUUGCACUUUACCUGUUCUUUUCCCAGGGCUCACAGCACGGGCUCCAGGGCAGUGUGCCUGGCUUGGCUUCCCUUCCCCAUUGCCGGGCCAUGGCAGGACUCACAAUUCUUAUUUAUUUUGUCUUUUGACUCCCCAGUAGUUGAGGGGAAGGCUGAUGUCGGGAGAGGGAGAGGGGGACUGAGGAGAGGGUGCCUUAGGCCUCGGUGGUCAGGGAGCGGGAGGGGAGCAUGCGAGGGAUGAAAAUGACCCCCUGGCACCAGACUCACCCACCCUGGGCCCCUUCCCCCCAACCCCAAAGCCCAACACUGCCCCGAGGCCCCCAGCCACUCCCUCCGCAGCCCGUUCAUACCACACAGACUCUGCCCUAACCCUCCUGUACGUCUGCCUCCCAUCCCCCCACCUCUCCACCCCUGCCUCCUUGGGCCACCCAGCCUGUGUGUGUGUUCACUUUUAUUUAAAUAAACUUGUGUGGUAAAAGUCCGUGCCAUGUCUCCCUCAACUGA